UAAGACUGGCAUUCUGUCAAAGUUCAUUUCAUAUUUUCGUGAGUCUAUUUUCCAAAUUUAUUCGUCAAAAUUCAAAAUUUUUUGUUAAAUUAAAUAUAUUUCGAAUGUCUUCGGCAUCUAUAAGAUCCAGUCGAUCCAGUCGAUCCAGUUCUAGUGAAGGUUCUUUCACAUCUAUUGAACAAGCAGCAACGAGUCGUUCGGAUUUAAAUGUGGUGGAUCCAGUGGACCCAGUAGAGGAUAUAGUGGAGUAUACCGAUGUGCCUCUUUGCAGAAUCUGCUGGUUGGAUGGAUCGAUUGACGAACUAAUACCUCUACCCUGUAAAUGCCAGGGAACUGUGGGAAACGCUCAUGCGGCUUGUUUAAAAGAAUGGGAGCGAGUGCGCAAGAGUAGACGAUGUGAAAUUUGCAAAGAGGUCUACAUGAAGAAACGACAUUUCGUGACGGUCUUACGAAGCUUCUUCCAAUAUCAAUAUGCCGGCAUUCUCUUUUGUAAGAUAUCGAACAUAUCAGCCACAGCGUUGAUAGCAUACGCAAACAUUGUGUUGGGAGAAAUGAACAUUACGUAUUUAAAUUCAACGAUUAAGGCCUCAUCAGGCAGAAGUGGUAUCAGUUACCCUGUGAUGCUACUUUCAGCGGCGAUUUUUCCAUAUUUUGUCAUCAACUAUUUCGCUGUGGAUUUCGCAAUGUCUGAAAUGAUAGACUGCUACCACAUCAUUUAUAAUUGGUGGGCUAACGAAAGAUGAGCUAACUGGCAUCUUGGCACCAAAUCACAAUAGUUUAUCAAAUCGAACGUAGCGCUAUGAACUCGAUCAUCAAGACAUGAAUCAUGAAUUGAGAAGUACAUCUAGACCGCUGGCUCAAAUAUGCAUAACGAUGGGUCAGAACAUAAUCCGGAUCACUUUGAAAUUCUUAUAUUCGAUGCUUCAUUAAAGAAAAACCUUA